AAUGAGAUCAAAAAUGUCAUGAUCAGCAGCUUUUCUGAUAAAUUUAUAAACUUUUUUAUUUCUCUCUAUAUUAUAACCAACACGCUCACUGAGUCUGAGUCACUCACUCACUCACUCGUCCACCCACAUCACAUGCAUUAUCUUUCUAUCCCUCUCUUUCAAUUCCCAUUCUCCAAUGGCUGCUAUUUCUUUCGACCAGGGAAUUGAAAGUUGCGGUGGUGGUGGGGAUCUGCCGGUUGUUGUUGGUGCUGCUAAUUCUUGUUUUCAGAUAUUAAAUCCCAGUUUUGAUGAUGACCUUAAAAACCAAUGUACUCUAGAUGUUGUGCCUAUUCUUUUUGAGGAUGCUUCUUUUCCAAUUCAACAUAAUUGCUCCUUUCACACUUCAAAUGGCCAAGAUCUCUAUAGUAUUUCAAUGUUGUCCGAGGAAGAUAAAACCAAUCCAAUUUGUACAUCACAAUUAGCCUUUUUAAGCUUUGUCGAACUUCCUGUUUCACCAAAAAAACAGAUGUGUUUAGACCCACAACUGAAAUGCCAGAACUUCAUUGGUUUACAAAUGGAAAGUCCAGAUGCUUAUUCGCCAUGUAUUGUUGAUAUAGAUAUUGAGAUGGAAAAUUGUGAAAAAGUGAAAGCCGUUGAUGAAACUAUUGGAAGUACAAAAACGGAAGGUCUGCUAACAGGGGUACUGCAGAGACAAGCAAGCAUAAAAACACGUGGAAGAUUGAUGCAACUUUUGACAGAUCAUAGCUCAACUUUGAUGAAUUUGAUUUCUAAACAGAAGUCAUUCAAUGAAAGGGUUCAUGAUGUGCCAAAUAACAGAUGGAGAAAAUACAAGCGUGCAGCAUCUUUUGAUUCACGGAAAGUUGUUCUUUUUUUCUCAAUCUUGUCAAGUUUGGGGACGCUGAUACUGAUUUAUCUUACGCUGAGAGUUAGACAAACUGCCGAUGGCUAUGUUAACAUCUAACGGUGUGGCUUUCGGUGCAUGAUUGAAGCAGUUUUUCUGAAAUUUGUAACUAAGAAUUUCUGUUGAGGCCUUCAGUUUGUUCCAUCAUUUAUUCCCACUCUGUAAAUAACUUCUUCCAGUUUCUACCAUUUGUAUUUCCUUUGUUCUUUUUAGCAAUGUUCCCACUCAGUUUUUCGCA